AUGGCGACUCCUGCGGUGGCCCCGGCUGUUCUGCCGGUCCUCUCAGCAGCAGCAGCAGCAGCAGCCGCAGCAGGUGAUGCAGCUCCAAACGCAGCAGCAACAGCUGUAGCUGCAGCUGCUGCAGGAACAGCAACUCUCGCUGUAGGAUCUGCAGCAGCAGCAGCACAACCCCCCUCUGUUGCAACAGCAGCACCUUCAGGUCCUCCAGAAGUUGCAUUAUCUGCUGCUGCUGCUGCCGGAGCAGCAGGGCCUGCAGCAGCACCAGAAGCAGCAGCAGCACCAGCAGCAGCAGCAGCAGCAGGGGCAGCAGCAGCGCGACUGUGCUUUAUCUGCAGCAAACCUUCUCCUCCAUAUCGAUGCCCUCAGUGCCGUAUCCGCACUUGCUGCCUCUGCUGCUACAGGAAGCAUUUGCUGCUGCAGCAGCACCUUAUUCAUACUCGCAGCGAAAACCCGCUGCAGGCUCAUGCAGAGGGAGAAGCAGCAGCAGCAGCAGCAACAGCAGCAGCAGCAGCAGCAGCUGCUGCUGCUGCUGCAUCGGGGAACUCCAGCGCCUCGUCAGCUGCAACAAGCGCAGCAGCAGCUACAUCCGACGCUGCAGCAGCAGCAACAACAUCCCCCUCAGAAGCAGCAGCAGCAGCAGCAGCAGCAGGUAUUAUUCCUGCUGCUCGAGUGCCGCUGCGAGUGCAGUAUGUGUCUCUUAGAGAGAUGAGUGCUGCAGCAUUUGCUGCUGAUAUAAAUUUCUUAGAUUCAGCAGCAAAGGCAGUCGAAGCAGCACAGAGACAACGAACAACUCACUUUGAAAACAGACGCAGAAAAGGGGCUCACCCGGCUCAGCUGCGGAGUAUUUGUUUGCGGCGGGGCAUCGACUUUUUGUUUUUACCUCCGACGCACUCUCGCAGACUUCAAAACAGAAGCAGAAUCUUAUCUGCAUAUAAGCUCAAGCAGCAGCAGCAGCAGCAGCAGCAGCAGCAAGGGCAGCAGCAAGAGCAGCAGCCGCAAGAGCAGCACCAGAAGGGGGAGCAAGAGCAGCAGCAGCAGCAAGAGCAGGAGCAGCAGAAACAGGAAGGGCAGCUGCAGGAGAACGAGCAGCAGCAGCAGCAGCAGCAGGAUCAGCAGCAGGCGCUGCAGGAAGAUGAUCAAGAAGGAGACAGGCAGCAGCAGCAGCAGCAAGUGAGUGAACAAGUGCAGCAGCAUCUGCAGCAAGAAGAUGCCCAGGGCAUCGACCUGCAGCAGCAGCAGCAGUCGCAGCAUCCAAAUGAGGAGCAUGGAAGUGCUGAUGAGGAGACGCAGCAGCAGCCGCAGCAGCCGCAGCAGCCGCCGCAACAGCAGCAGCAACAGCAGCAACAGCAGCAGCAGAAGCGAGGAGCUGAAGGGGUAAUAUGCUGGGAUGUCUGCUUCCGCCUUCCUGCUGCUGCUGCUGGCAGGUUGUCUUUAAUGCUGCGAGAGGACAAGCCGCUGCAGGAGCAUGCGCUGUUGCUGCAGCAGCACUGCAGCAAGUUGCUGCAGCAGCAGCAGCAACGGCAGCAGCGAGUUAAGAGGCGAUUGGGAGACGAAGCAGAAACCCCAAAGGAGAAUCAGCUGCUGCAGCGUGGGGCCCUUGGACCGUUGCUGCCUGCAGCAGCAACAGCAGCAGCAGAAGCAACAGCAGCAGCAGCAGAAGCAACAGCAACUGCAACUCCAGCAGCAGCGGAAUCAGCAGCAGCAACGGAAGCAGCAGGAGGAGCAGCAGCAGCAAAAAAAGGAUUUCUCUUUUUGCUGCCUAUAACAGCAGCACACGCUGGUGUCGCGUUGCAGCCGCCGGAUGCCCCAGCAGCAGCAGCAGCAGCAGCAGCAGCACCACAUGAGCCAGCAGCAGCAGCAGCAGCAGCAGAUGCUGCUUCUCGUGUAGCCGCCUAUUUGCUGCCUUUUGAUUUGCCCUUAGAGAAGUGUCUGCAGCAAACAACAGUUGUAGAGGUGAGGCAGCAGCAGUUUGCUGCUGCAGCAUGA